AACAAAUAUUAUAAGGUUAUGAAAAAUAUAAUAGUUGAAAAAAAAAAUCCAAAAUAAAUAAUCUGGACUGAAUAACAGGAGCUAUCUUUUCAACUCCUCCGAUGGCCAGAGUCAAACAUAAGGCUCCUCCCCGGACCCGAAGUGGGAGAAAAUCGACUGAAAGGGCGAAUGCGCCAACUCCAACCUCAACGCCAAACUCGACUCCUAGACCAAGUACUAGUAGAGCACGAAGAAAUUCUCCAUCAACUCCUGGAACACAAAGAGGGAGGAAACCGCACCGCUUCAAGCCAGGAACUGUAGCUCUUCGUGAAAUCCGACAAUUCCAGAAGUCUUGGGAGCUUCUUAUCCCAGCUGCUAGCUUCAUCCGACUUGUAAGAAGUAUUACUGGUGAAUACUCCCGAGAAGUAAGCCGUUGGACAGCUGAGGCUUUAGUAGCACUUCAAGAGGCAGCAGAAGAUUUUUUGGUUCAUUUAUUUGAAGAUGGGAUGCUAUGUGCAAUUCAUGCAAAGCGCGUUACAUUAAUGAAGAAGGAUUUUGAAUUGGCACGUCGGCUUGGAGGGAAGGGACAACCUUGGUGAGAGUGUAAUAGCAUAACCAAGUCCACAAUCACUGAUCAAAAUCAUAUCAACAUGUACUUCUGCUGUUGUUCUUUGAUAGCAAUUCCUUUCCUAUUUUUAUGGCAAAUUAACAAUUAGGAAGUUAGAAAACAUGAUUAGCUUUCUGAUUCCAUUCAUAGAGCAGUGUAGAUCCCAUUGUUAGAAUAUUUCUUUAGAAUUAACAAAUUGUCUUAGGUUUUACUUUGGAGCCAUUCAAGCCUUGGAUGGGUGUAAGCUGACCCAUGUGGCUAUGUAUAUGCAUAGAAAAAUCUAUUUUAAGUUCUUGUCUUGUACAAGUGUUGGACCAUUGCUCUAUUUUCCUGUGAUGCUUGACGGGGCACUGGAUCAAUGUUUUGCAUUUGAACUAUUUGCAGAAUCUCAUGCCUUGAUGAGUUUAAGCCCUUGUAA